AUGCCUCUCAUCACCCGCCUCGUCUCCCUGACCAACUUCGUCGUCGCCUCCUCGGCGCUGGGCUUCCAGGUCUUCGUCCUGUACCCGUGGCACAAGGAGCUCGACGCCGGCUUUGAGGAGCUCAAGCACGAGCACAUGCGGGUCCUAGACGCCUUCAACGCGCGACUCGCCGCCGAGCACGCCCCUGCAGAGCAGCGAAAGGGGGUCAUGGACAUGAUUACUCGCCUGGGCGCGUGGAGGUAA